AUGUGGACUAUUAAUGACUUUCCAGCAUAUGCUAACCUGUCUGGAUGGAGUACUAAAGGUCAGUAUGUAUGUCCUUGUUGUGGUAUUGAAACAACCUCACGAUGGUUACGUCAUGGUAAAAAAAUUUGUUACAUGUGUCAUCGUCGUUGGUUAGCUCCCAACCAUAAAUGGAGGUUAAAUAGUAGAGAUUUUGAUGGAACACGGGAGUUAAGGAAUCCUCCUAGAAGAAUUGAUGGAAGUGAUAUUUUAAGGCAAAUGGAUGAAUCUAGAGAAGAAGGUCUAGCAAAUGGGGCACAACCUUGGAAAAAGAAGAGUAUUUUCUUCACACUGCCUUAUUGGCAAUAUAAUGUAUUGCGUCACAAUCUUGAUGUGAUGCACAUUGAAAAAAAUGUAUGUGAUAACAUCAUAGGUACAUUGUUAAACCAAGAAGGAAAGUCCAAAGAUAAUUAUAAGGCGCGAGUUGACCUUGUAGAUAUGGGGAUAAGAAAUAUGCUUCACCCACAACCGAGCCCUAAAAGUAGUAUAAUGUUUUUGCCAAGAGCAUGCUAUCAAAUGACUAACAAAGAAAAGGAUGCUUUUUUGAGCAUCCUUAAGAAUGUAAAAACUCCAGAUGAAUGCUCAUCAAGCAUCCCACGCUGUGUGCAUAUCAAGCAACACAAAAUAUUUGGCUUAAAAAGUUAUGAUUGUCAUGUUUUGAUGCAAGAGCUUAUUCCAAUUGCAUUAAGGGGUACAUUGCCAGAUAAAGUCACUUCAGUUUUGAUUGAUUUUUGCAAUUUCUUCAAGAAAAUUUGUUCUAAGGUACUUAAUGUGGAAUUUCUAGAACAUUUGGAGUCUCAAAUUGCGGUGACACUUUGUCAAUUGGAAACAAUGUUCCCUCCUUCAUUUUUUACUAUCAUGGUGCAUUUGGUAAUCCAUUUGGCAUAUGAAGCCAAGGUUGCUGGACCGGUACAAUAUAGAUGGAUGUAUCCUAUUGAGAGGUUUAAUAGACCUAGAAGGAAUGAUGAUGAAAUUGAUUCUACAUUGUCAGAUAAUGUGACAUUCUUACAUCCUAUUGGAAGACCAUUGGGGGGUAAAAGACCACAAAAAUUACAAAUAGGGAAGCGAAAGAGAAUUCAGCGUUUGGAUGAACAAAUUAGUCCACAAGUAACUCAUGAACUUAGAUGGUUAGCUCGUGGGCCAUCUGAGGUAGUGAGAAGAUACACUGGUUAUGCAAUUAAUGGUUUCAGGUUUCACACAAAGAAGAGAGAGAGACAUCUGAAAACACAAAAUAGUGGAGUAGUUGUAAAGACUAAGACUUCCAAAGAUGAAAUUGAUUACUUUGGACAAUUAACUGAUAUAAUUCAGUUAGAUUAUUCUGGCAAGUACAAGGUUGUUCUAUUCAAAUGUAAUUGGGUUGAUAUUAAGAGAGGUGUCAAGAAAGAUAAGUUUGGACUGACACUUGUGAAUUUCAAAUUUUUAAAACAUACCGGAAAAAAUAUUUGUGAUGACCCUUUUGUUUUUGCAUCACAAGCUAAAAAGGGGUUUUAUGUAUAUGAUGAGAGAAACAAGGACUGGCAUGUUGUUCUGAAUGCAAAGGUUAGGGAUAUCUAUGAUAUGGGGGAUGAAGAAUCUAACAAAGUUGAAGAAAUUCAUGAGCAAAUAAUGCAUGAUACAAGUGAAGAUACUCGUAAUGUUAUUGAUUUAGUUAGAGUUGAAGUUGAGGAUGAUAAUGAUUUCUUUGAAGUUGUUGUGGAUGUUGAUAAUCUUGGUGAUAAUGAAAAUGAAGAGGAAGAGGAAUGGGAGAAUAUGUUUUAG